GAUGGCGCCGGUGUGUGUGGCCUGCCGUCAGUUGCUCUCGGAAUUGUGUGUGCUGUUUGUAAUUGUUUCGAUUCUUACCCUGGAUGUCGACUCUCUGUUGGUCUAUGAUCGCCAAACUCUGCUGGAUCUUUGUUCAGUGGACUUGGCUGGUGGUGGCCGCGGUACGUUACCCCCUCUUCUGGCAAGGGCCCCGGUUUGCCUUUGCCUUGUCCUGGCUCCACUUCCUCGGCGUAAGCGUAAACGUCGCCGGGGUAAACGCGGCGGCCGGUUGGUGAGGCUGAAGGCUUGUCUGGCGAGUUUACCUGUGUCUUCCUGGACUGGGAUUGGUCGUUCUCUUAUUCUUCCUCGACGCUCGUUGGACCCUGAUGGCUGCUGCCUGCUGCCUGCCGUUGGCCCGGAAGAACUGCUCCUCCCUUGUGGCCCCUCCUCUCCUCGACCCCGCAGGCGUGGUUUAAAUCUCCUCAACUUGCGGCCCUUGUGCCGGGCUCCCCUGACAUCGGACGCCGUGGACCAGCCUGUUCCUGUCAAGAUUGCCCUGGUGAACGCUAGGUCGCUGGUGAACAAGACUUUUAUUUUGAAAGAUUUUUUUGAAUCCAGAGGGUUAGAUCUCCUCUGUGUGACUGAGACAUGGCUGGGUGUUGGUGAGUCCAGCGCUUUCGCUGAGAUGUUACCCCUUGAUUGCUGCUAUCUUAACUCCCCGCGGACGUCGGGCAGAGGUGGAGGACUAGCUACUGUCUUUAGGAGUCAUUUUAAAUGUAAACAGCUAUUGCUUUCAUCCUCUUUAGCAAGUUUUGAAUUAAGUUUGUUUGAGCUGGUUGGCUCUAACACAGUGUUGUGUGCUCUGGUCUAUCGGCCUCCAAAGUAUAAUAAGGACUUUUUAAAUGACUUUUCUAUUUUCCUGGCUGAAAUCAUGCCUAGAUAUGACCGUGUACUUAUUGUAGGGGAUUUUAAUGUCCACGUGUGUUGUCCUGAAAAGCCUAUGGCAAAGGACUUUUUGAAUCUCAUUGAUUCAUUUAGUCUUGUCCAAUCUGUGUCAGGACCCACACAAGAGCAUGGUCACACACUCGAUCUUGUUCUAUCAUACGGUUUGCCCGUUUCUAAUCUAGUGAUUUGUGAUGCCGUGUUUUCCGACCAUAUGCCUGUGUUAUUUGAGGUUAUUAUUGCACCUACAGCAGUUCGACCUCGCGCUCCUGCUCGGCACUGUCGUGUUGUUAGCCCCUCCACUGCUGUUCAGUUCUCGGCUGCUUUUGCUCUGAACUCCAUCGUUCCUGAGUCUGUGUGUGAUACAGAGGAGCUUAGCUCAUGGCUUCACUCCACCUGCCAGACUGUUUUGGACACUGUGGCUCCAUUGAAGUUCAGGCAGCCUAAAACUAAAUUUGAGCCCUGGAUGAAUGACACGACUCGUGCUGUCAGGCGCGAGUGUCGUAGAGCUGAGCGGAAGUGGAAGAAAGACAAACUGCAGGUGUCAUUUCAAAUGUUGAGGGAGAGUUGGUGCCAUUAUCAGAAAGUUGUGAAAGCUGCUAAGAGGAAACAUUUCUCAGGUCAGAUGAUCAGCUGCUCCUGAUUGAGCCAAAGACUAAGCGGAAGCUCAGAGGGGACCGUGCCUUUGCUGUGUCGGCUCCGAGAUUGUGGAAUGAAUUGCCUCUGCACGUUAAACAGGCCCCUUCUC